CACCCCCCACCGGUCACCGCAGUCCCCCCAGCAGGGCUGUAUUCACCGCCACCGUCCGCCGAAUCGCGCCUCGGUUGUUUCCGUUCCCCUCCCCCCCGCUUCCACCGGUUACCGGAGGAGGGGAGGAGGGGGAGGCAGGCCGCGGACACCGCGCUCACUCCAUGCGUCAGCUGGCGGCCUCCCCUCCCUCCUCCUCCUCCUCACCGCCGCUGGGCCCCGACCAGGGAUCCCGGAUUAAGGACUAGCAGAGACCGGGGGCAGCCUGGAGCCCAACCCGCUCGAACCUCCUUAGCUGCAGUGUUUGGGGAGAGAAACUGGAUUUUUAUGUGAGAAUAGCACAACGCAACUUUCCACCAUGGAGUCGACUGUUGAUGAUGAAGCGAUAGGGGCAUAAAUGAAGGCCAAGUAAGGAAGGCAAAACGAUGCCCAAGGGUGGGUGUUCUAAAACACCACAGCCAGAAGAAUUUUCUCUCAGCUACGACAUGGUGGAGAAACAAACUGGGAAAAAGGAUAAAGAUAAAGUUUCCCUAAACAAGACUCCAAAAUUGGAUCGAAGUGAUGGAGGGAAAGAGGUGAAAGAGAGAAGCACAAAAAGAAAAUUACCUUUCUCAGUUGGGGCAAAUGGAGAUCAGAAAGACUCAGAUACAGAAAAACAGGGUCCGGAGAGGAAAAGAAUUAAGAAAGAGCCAGCCAACCGGAAGUCUAAUAUGUUAUUUGGUAUGGGACUUUCUGGGAUCAGGGCUGGUUACCCUCUGUCUGAGCGACAGCAAGUGGCCUUGCUCAUGCAGAUGACAGCUGAAGAAUCUGCCAACAGUCCAGUUGACACAACACCAAAGCAUCCUUCUCAGUCAGCAGUUGGUCAGAAGGGGACUCCUAACUCCGCCUCCAAAACCAAAGACAAAGUGAACAAGCGGAAUGAACGGGGAGAAACUCGCCUUCACAGAGCAGCCAUCAGGGGAGAUGCACGGCGCAUAAAAGAGCUGAUCAACGAAGGAGCAGAUGUGAAUGUGAAAGAUUUUGCAGGUUGGACAGCAUUGCAUGAGGCAUGCAACAGGGGUUACUACGAUGUUGCAAAACAGCUCCUUGCUGCAGGAGCUGAAGUAAACACAAAGGGGUUGGAUGAUGAUACGCCACUGCAUGAUGCAUCAAACAACGGUCACUUCAAGGUGGUAAAAUUGCUGUUACGCUAUGGAGGGAAUGCUCAUCAGAGUAACAGAAGGGGGGAAACUCCAUUAAAAGUGGCUAACUCCCCCACGAUGGUGAACCUUCUUCUUGGAAAGAGCACAUACACAUCCAGUGAGGAAAGUUUGACAGAAAGCUCAGAAGAAGAAGAUGCGCCAUCUUUCGCACCUUCUAGUUCAGUGGAUGGCAAUAACACAGACUCUGAAUUUGAAAAGGGCUCCAAGCAUAAGAGCAAGAACCAGGACCCACCCAAAGCCACUACUCCUGUGAAAGAUGAGUACGAGUUUGAUGAAGACGAUGAGGAAGAUCGUGUGCCCCCAGUUGAUGAUAAACAUCUGUUAAAAAAGGACUUUCGAAAGGAGACUAAAGUGAACACUCUUAUUGCUAUACCUAAAAUGGAAGUGAAAACCUAUUCUAAAAAUGCAUCUGCACCAAAGAAAGCUGCCCGCCGCAUCCUGUCCGAUACGUCUGACGAGGAGAACCAUUCCGUCUCCGUAGGAGCUAGUGAUAAACUUAGACUGUCUGCUCACACUGUCCUACCGAGCAAUAAAACCAGGGAGCAACCCGUAGCCAAACAUAAAGAAAAAAGUAAAGUAAAAAAGAAGCGAAAGAAAGAUACAAAAAAUAAAGAAGUACGUUUUGGGAAGAAAAAUGAAAUUUUCUGUUCUUCUGAGUCAGAAAGUGGAAACUUGGAUAGUGACAUUGAAAAUGAUAGACUUUCUUUAGAAAGCUCAAAUGGUGUCAAGGACUGUGCCUUUGUCUUACAGGAAACUUCCUUAUUUAGCUCUUUGUCUGCAUCUUCUGCUUCUUCUCAAGGGAGUUUAGCAUCGCAAAAGCACAAUGCCAACAUCCCUGACCAGCACUCAAAGCAUUGGAGGACAGAUAAUUGGAAAACUGUUUCUUCUCCAACCUGGUCAGAUGUUAGUUCCUUGUCUGAUUCUACAAGGACACGAUUAACUAGUGAGUCUGACUAUACGUCUGAGGGUUCUAGUUUGGAGUCUGUUAAACAGGUAAAAAAGAAACCGGAGCACAAAAAGAAAAGCAGUGUCCACAAUAAUGUAUAUGAGAAAAACUCCUCCUUUCACUUACAUGGUGAAGGAGCUAUCCCUAAACUAGACAGAGAGGGCAAAGUAGUGAAAAAACACAAAACUAAACAUAAACAUAAAAAUAAGGACAAAGGACAAUGUCAAUCUGGGCAAGAUAUUAAGAUAUUAAAGAGUUUUUCUUUUGAGUAUGAAGACUCCAAACAAAAAUUAGAGAAGCCAUUAAUUUUGGAGGCCGAUGUCCCUGAGAAAUUAAAGGUUUUAAAACAUGACCAUGAACAUCCCAGGAAAGAGGACAAAUUAAAGAACAAGUCUGAUGAAAAGGAUUGGUCUUUUAGAGAGGAUGGUGGGAAGGUAUUCAAAGAGGAAAAAUCAGCUAAAAAAGCAAAAGAUGUGAAAGAUUCCACCAAAAGAUUAAAAGAAGAACGGGAUCGACCUGCCAAAACAGAAAGAGAAAAAACAACAAAAGAUAAAUCUCCCAAAGAAGAAAAAUCCAAAAUCCAUAAAGAAGAAAAAAAGAAGAAAUCUAAAGACAAGUUGUCCAAAUCAGAAAAGAGAAACGACCUCAAAGAAGAGAAAAUUUCCAGAAAUGACAAAGACAAAAGCUACAAAGAAGAGAAGGAGAAAGUCAAAAAAGAAAAAUCUCACAAAGAAGAACCUAUUUUUGAAGAGGUGAAUAAUAAGAACAGUUACUUUGAUAAUGAUGAGACAAAUUACAGUAUUUCUGAUGAUGGUAAAAAUAUAUGGAUGUCUCAAAUGUCUCCAGAUUCACCAUAUUUCUCUCUUGGGUAUGAUUGCUGGGAGUCCCCUGUGUCUUCUCCUGUGAACUAUGGGGAGAGUAAAAAUGAAGUCAUCACAAAGCAAAUUUUAAAAGAGGAAACUAAAGAAAAAGAUUUCAAAAGCAAAGAGAAGAGAGACUAUGGUGAAAAACAAAAUGAUAAAGAAUUAAUUGUAAAAAGAAAAGAUCGGGACUCCUCAGACAAAAUCUCUGACAAAAAGAAAGACCAAACAGACAAGCACAAAGGUAUUCCCUCGUACACAGAGAAAGAAAAGAAACGAAAAGACUCUGAUUGUGUAAGAAAAGGUAAAGAGAAAGAUAACGACUCUAUACGAAGGGAGUCUAUAGGAAACAAAGAGCGGAGAGACAGUAAAAUAAAGCAAGAGGAACAGGUCAAAGAGGAUAUGAUGGACCACAACAACGAGGCUUUAUUUAAAGACAAACCUGAACAAGAGUGCAAUACUAAGAACUCUGAGACGAGGGAGAGGCAUCAUUCUGGAAAGGAGAAAGAAAAGAGGGAUACCUCUGAGAAAAAGGAAAAGCCAAAGACUGAAAAACACAGAGAUAAAUCAAAAGACUCUGAGAGAGCUGAAAAGAUAACCGAAAAAAGCCAAAAAGAGAGAGAGGCAGAUAAAAGUUCCAGAGACAAGAAAGAUUCCAGGGAAAAAUAUAAAGAGUCACAUAAAGACCGUAAAAGUUCUUCUGACCAAAAAACAGACAAAAAAGAGAAAAUUGCCACUGUAGAUUUUAUUGAUAAGAGGGAGGAAAAGAAAGCAAGAGGAAAGAACUGGUAUAACAUUGCGGACAUAUUCACAGAUGAGAGUGAAGACGAUGAUGAGCGUUACAUGCCAGGGUACAAAAUCGCAGAUGGGUAUGCAACUGAAUUGCACAGAGGGGACAGUUAUCACGAGAGAGAAAUAGUCCAGGAGAGAGAACCUUCCCAAUCUGAAAAACACAGAAAGUAUUCCAGUGAUAAGCAACAUUCUGGGGACAAAAACAAAGACCGGGACACUAAAGAGAGAAAAAAAGAUAAAGUCCCGUCUGAUUCUGGAAAGGAGAAGAAAGACAAGAAUAUUGCCGAAAAGCACAAAGAAAAGAAAGAUAAGGAUUCUGUGGAAAAAUACCGCAAGGAUAGGGUCUCUUUGGAUUCUAAUCAAGACAAAAAAAGUAAACAAAGAGGUCAGCCAGAAAAAACAGAGAAAAAAUAUCCCAGCGAAGAAAAAGCAAAAAUCAAACACAAAGAGAAAUCCGAUAAGGAUAAUUUUAAAGAACGUAAGUCCUCAAAGGGCGAAUCCGAAAAAAGUCUGCUGGAGAAAUUGGAGGAGGAGGCUCUGAAUGACUAUAGAGAUGAUUCCAAUGAUAAAAUUAGUGAAAUCUCCUCAGACAGUUUUACUGAGCGGGUUCAUGAGCCAACACCUGGAGGCAUGUUUGAUGCUGUAAUAAUGACCAAUGCAGAGGGUUUGGAAGAAAAAUGUAAAGAUUCUGUACCAAUUCCAUGCUUGGCUGAAAAACUGAAAGACCGAGAAAGAAACAGGCAUUCCUCGUCCUCUUCAUCAAAAAAAAGUCAUGAGAAAGACAAGGUACGAAAGGAUAAAUCUGAGAAAAAGUCUGAAAAGUUGGAUGAAACAAAGGAUUCCUACAAUCGAAGGGAGUCUGUGCCAUAUGAUAAAGACAUCCCUACUUCUGACGGGGAUACUUUUGUGUCGUUCACUGUUAAAACUGAGACUGUUGAAGAAGGGGACCGAAAUACAGAUUACAUGUUUCCCACCGAGAAAGACAAGCAUGAACCUGAAAAAGAACCUACUAAGAAAUCAGAGAGGGACAAACUCUAUAGCUGUAAUUCUGCAGUGAAGGAAAAGAAAAAGAAAGAUAAACACCGUGAUAAAAGCAAGGAUGAAAAACACAGAGACAAACAAUUGGAAGCAUUCUUUAAGCAUCAUAGGGAGGAUCAAAAAUCAGUGAAUAGAGACAAGGAUUCUCCACAGGUGAUUAUAUUAAAAGACAAAUCAAAAGAGGAGCUGGUGAAAUUUGGAGAAAACAAGUUAAAAGACAGAGUAAAGGAAAAUCUGGAUAAAGACAAGCCAGACUCUACAAAAGUUGGAAGUGACAGAGUAAGCCUAGUUAAGGAGACCAAGAAAGACACCAAACCAAGAGAGAAGUUAUUGGGUGACGGAGACCUGAUGAUGACUAGUUUUGAAAGAAUGCUGAGCCAGAAAGACCUUGAAAAUGAAGAGAGGCACAAACGUCACAAAGAAAGGAUGAAACAAAUGGAAAAGAUGCGACACAGAUCUGGGGACCCAAAGAUGAAAGAAAAGAUGAAAACAUCUGAUGAUUUGCGCAAACGAAGUUUAGACUUGAAUAAGAAGCCACUUGUUACAGAACCCACCCAGAAGGAGAAGUCCAAAGAGUUGGCAACUUUGAACACACCACAAUCUGAAAAUAAAAUCCAAAAUGUUGGAGGGAAUGAGUCUAAAGAAUGGCUGAAUGGUCCGCAGAUUAAGGACGUGCCCCCUGCAUCACCUAGACCAGACCAAAAUAGACCAACAGGUGUUCCCACUCCCACAUCUGUGAUCUUUUGUCCAAGCUAUGAAGAAGUGAUGCAGACCCCAAGAACACCUUCAUGCAGCACUGAAGACUACCCAGAUUUGAUGUUUGACUGUUCGGAUACGCAACAAUCUUUGCCAGCAUCAGCUAUUUCAAUGAAUGCAUGUUCACCCACAUUCUUUGACAGGUAUUCUAAUGUUUCUGUUAUGAUUGCUGAAAAUCCAAGCCAAACUCCAACAAGAUUGGCUUCCUCCACAAACCGAAGUCGUUCAAUCUCUGUUGAUAUAAGGAGAACUCCAGAGGAAGAAUUUCCUGUAGGUGAAAUGAAGUUCUUCAGACAGCAGAGUGUUCCAGCUUCUUCUAAUGUCACAUCCCCAGUACAUCUUCAGAUCGAAGACAAGGUCAAGCUACCUCUGGUCUCUGCAGAAAAGUUCCCAUGUUUGUCACCAGUCUGCUGCUACUCCCCAGACUAUAGAACUACAUCUCCGCGAGUUGAGGACAAUUGUGAAUCUGCAGAUAUUGCUAGUAUUACACUUUCCCCUGAUCGUGUCUACUCGGGUGUACAAGCGAAAUCCUCACCAUCUGAAAGGGAUGACUUGCUGGAGCCUUCUGCAGAUAGUGCUGUUCCUCCAGACAUUGACAUACCAUGUGAUUGUGCAGAGGCUCAGCAAGCAACAGAAUCUAUUCUACCCCAAGAGCACGACAGUUUUUCACCACCUGAAUCUUUUAUGCCACAGGAGGCAAGUUUUUUGCCACCUGAGAAUAACUUUAUGCCAAAUGAAAACAGCUUUCCAGCUGAACACGACUUCAUGCCCCAAGAAACUGCAUAUUUACCACAAGAGAACAGUUUUAUGCCUCAGCAGGCAGAGUUUCUCACACCGGAACCAGAAUAUAUUCCAUCAGAGUCUGCCUUUUUACAACCAGAAUCAAACUUUGUUCUCCGCUCUGAAUCAGGUUUUCCUCCCACAGAGACUGUUUAUUUGCCACAGGAUGCAGGUUUUCAUGCUUCUCAUACAGAAUCUACUUUCCUACCUCCAGAACCUGUCUAUAUGCCACCCUCUACUGAAUCUGGUUUUCUUCCACCUGUUGAAGAAAAUACCUUUGGUUCCAGUAUUUCAGAGCAGAAUCUGGAAUGGCCAAGUCCUCCAGCAAGGAACUCUGAACAUAUUUUACCUCCAAGUCUAGUGGGUAACACAUCAGAACAUCCCAGCAGCUGGUCAAUUGGAACAGAGCUCUUAAAAUCUCCUCAGAGAUUCACAGAAUCACCUAAGCAUUUUUGUCCAUCCGAUAAAGUUAGUACUGCUUCUGUUCCUUUUAUUUCUUCUGAUUUGCCUUAUGCAGAUUCUCCUAUUUCAUUUCCCACCUCUGAACCGGCUCCUGAGGAACUCAAAGAUGAAGUAGAUGAAGAGGAAGAAGCAGAAAAUAUGCCACAACCAGAUGAGCAAGGUCCAUAUAUGUCUCCUACGCCACUGGCUUCUUUUUUCAAUAACUGUAAACCUCUUCCGGAUGCCCAAUCAGCUCUGUUUCCUGAACCUCAGUUGAUAAACCCAGAACCUUUAACAGAUUCUUUAAGUACUGUAAAAACCAAUUACAUAGAACCAGACAUUGAUCCACAGAAUCAAGAAGAACCAGAGUCCUGGUCUGACCCUUUUUCGACAGCUGUGGAAGAUUUAGAUCUUGGACCAUUUUCUCUACCAGACCUUCCACUUCCAGUUAAGGAGGACACAGAAGGUGAUGUUGGUGAGAGUAACAUUGUGGCAGUAAGUCCAGCAGCUCCCCCUGAUGUUGACAUGAAUGAGGUGCCUUCUCUUGAUACAAAUCUGCAUCCGUCUGAGAUUUCUGAAGACCCGGACUGUGUUGGGCAAGAGUCACAAGUACUACAACAGAAAGACCAUACAGAGAGUGCGGCAGAUGCUGUUGAAACUGGAUUUAAAAACCAUGGUGAGCAAGAAUUUGAAUCUCUAAGCUUUCAACCUCCUUUUCAAACACUUGAUACUCAUGAGCACUUGGAGACAGAAAAGGUUCAGACUAGUUUUAUCGCUCCAGACACUUCUUCUCAAGCUUCUUUAGAGACACCUGAAGAAGAGAAAGUGGCAUCAGAUGAUGUGAAAUUGGAAAAUGUUGAUUGUGAUUCUGCUGUAAAAACAGAGUUUACACCAGUCACCCCUGCAGUGGAACCACCAGAGCAAACUCCAAAAGUAACAGUUGAGAUCCCCAAACCACCCAAAGUAGAAGAGAUACCUCAACGUAUGACGAGGAACCGUGCUCAGAUGCUUGCCAAUCAAAAUAAACAAAAUUCUUCUCCUGCGGAGAAGGAGCCUGCUGCAGUCACCACUGUAUCCACCCGUGGAAAAGGUAAAGUUAUAGAGGACGAAGACUCUCAAACUCAGCAUCCACGCAAGAGAAAGCUGCAAAAACCCAACCAACUUCAGCAGCAGAUAAUCAUUAACACAAGCCAACAGACCCGAGAGAUGAUUCAGCAGACUUUGGCUGCCAUAGUAGAUGCUAUAAAGUUGGACGAUAUUGAGCCAUAUCACAGUGACAGGUCAAACCCGUAUUUUGAGUAUUUGCAGAUUAGAAAAAAGAUUGAGGAAAAGAGGAAAAUCUUGUGCUAUAUAACACCACAAGCUCCUCAGUGUUAUGCUGAAUAUGUGACUUAUACAGGCUCCUAUCUACUGGACGGGAAACCUCUCAGCAAGCUUCACAUUCCAGUGAUUGCUCCACCUCCGUCAUUGUCUGAGCCGCUCAAGGAGCUGUUUCGGCAACAGGAAGCUGUGAGGGGGAAGCUUCGCCUGCAGCACAGCAUAGAACGAGAGAAGCUGAUAGUGUCUUGUGAACAGGAGAAUCUGCGCGUUCACUGCAGAGCCGCCAGGACCAUCGCAAAUCAGGCUGUGCCUUUCAGCGCCUGCACAAUGCUGCUCGACUCAGAGGUGUAUAACAUGCCUCUGGAAAAUCAGGGAGAUGAAAAUAAAUCUGUCAGAGAUCGCUUCAAUGCUCGUCAAUUCCUGUCUUGGCUGCAAGAUGUGGAUGAUAAGUACGACAGAAUGAAGACAUGUGUAUUAAUGAGACAGCAGCAUGAAGCAGCAGCCUUGAAUGCAGUGCAAAGGAUGGAAUGGCAGUUAAAGAUGCAGGAGCUGGACCCAAGCAGCCAUAAGUCCCUGUGCGUUAAUGAGGUUCCCUCGUUCUAUGUGCCAAUGGUGGACGUUAACGAUGACUUUGUGCUCUUGCCAGCAUGACAAUGCGGACAUGUGGGUCUGUAUUUCUGUUUAACUCAAAAACUGGCAAGGGCCGGCCCCUUUGGCUGAGGAGAACUUAGACUUCACAAAGCAUCUUAAUCACUUGCUGAUGAGUCCGCUGCUUGAGGAGGAGGAAGCAUUUUGAUUCACAAGAAUGGAAACCAUUACGGAAUUGCACUUUCUUCACAGAUUAUUAAUCCACAACCCCUCUCCCAGAAGCAGAACAGAGGAGAUCACGCACAGGUAGUAAUGGAGAACGAGAGCAAGGGAUCAAGGAACAUGGUGUGCACGUGUACCUGUAUACACAUGUGACUGAACAUGGAACAGGCAUCAAUGGUCGGGUGCUUGUAAAAGACAAUGCAGAAAAGAAUUUUAUUUGGGAGAGGGGGGGUGGGGACAGGGAAAGCAGGUAGAAGGUAUAUUUCCUACCCCGUUUUGUUUUUGUUUUGUUUUUUUGCUUCCAAUCCAGGUAUCUGCAACUAAAGGACCUCUUUCCAUUUUGCUUUUUUUUUUUUUCUUGUCCUUUAGUUACAAUCUCGUUGCCCAAAGGAACACGAGAUUUAAAAAAAGAAAAA